AUGCGCGUUCCAUCUGUACUUUCUCUGGCCGGCGUCGUCGCGGCAUCGUCGCUCUCGGCCCCGACUGCUCCGGCCUCGCAUGUUUCGGGUUGCUCCGCGCUGCGUGCGCCCCUUGGUAACGCGCUGUUCUCUCGUGGCAGCAGUGUGUACAAAUAUGAGGCGGCGAACUUCUGGUCGAACACCGAGUUGAUGACCCCUGGGUGUGUCUUCCGACCGCAGUCUAGUGAGCAAUUGGCUGAGGGCAUUCACGCCCUGGCCAAUGCGAAUGCCGAGUUCGCUGUUCGGGGUGGUGGACAUAUGGGUAUUCGGGGAUCAAACAACAUCAAUGAUGGGGUCUUGAUUGUCAUGUCGAACCUGACUACCCUGGAAGUGAACGAGGAUCACUCCAUUGUGUCGAUUGGUCCUUCCCACCGCUGGGGCGAUGUCUAUGCCUAUCUGCAGAAGUUCGACCUUUCCGCCGCCGGUGGUCGCCUUGGCCCCGUCGGUGUCCCGGGAUUGCUCCUCGCUGGCGGCGUCAACUUCUACGGCAACCAGGUCGGCUUCGGCUGUGACACCGUUGUCAACUACGAGGUUGUGCUCGCCGAUGGAUCCAUCGUCCAAGCCAACAAGACGAGCAACCAGGACUUGUUCUGGGCUCUGAAGGGCGGAAGUAGCAACUUUGGAAUCGUUACUCGAUUCGAUCUGGAGACUGUCAAGUCGCGCAAGGUUUGGGCCGGUUCUCACACCGUGUCUGCCCAAUACAUUGACCAAUUCUUGGCUGCUGCUGCUACCUACGCAUCCAACAUCUACGACCCCAAGACUCACGUGGUGCCCGCCCUUGUGCCCGGUGAGACUACUCUCGCCUCGGUGAUCCUGUUCUACGACAGUGACAACACCAGCUACCCCGAGAUUUUCAAGCCAUUCACCGACAUCCCGGCUGUCAGCAGCACCCUUGACUUCAAGACUGUCAGUGACUUUGCCACUGAGACCGGAGCGAUGGUGGUUGACGGAAUCAAUGACGUCUUCGUCGCCGGUACCGUCAAGGGAACAACCUACAAGGAAUUGCUCCAGGGAAUCACCAUCAUCAACCAAACUUUCUUCAACGAGCUCCCCAAGCUGUACAAGCAAAUCCCCACCGCCAACAUCUCCACCAUCCAGCUCGACUGGCAGCCCAUCGGCGCCGACUGGAUGAAGGCCUCCGAAUCUCGCGGCGGAAACGCCCUGGGUCUGGACUCCUCGCAGAUCUACCUCUGCUACGCCGAGGUUGUUGAGUGGAUUGGAUCUGCUUAUGAUGACAUCGUCGCCAACUGGCUCGAGGAAACUACUUACAAGAUCAACAACGCCACCCAGAAGGCUGGUCUUUACGACGCUUUCAACUACAUGGGUGAUGCCGCUGGCUUCCAGUCGAUCUUCCCUGGUUAUGGCGAGGAGAACCACCAGAAGCUCGUGAACGUGGCGCAGAAGUACGACCCCAAUGCCAUUUUCCAGACUUUGAUGCCUGGUGGCUUUAAGGUCUACUAA